AUGGGGGUGCUACUUAGUGCCACUUUGGACGACGGCGACGGAAGCACUCGUCAGCUUUUGUUUAACCACAAACACGAAAUCAAUACUGGACGUACCACGUCAAUAUCAACACGGAUUUGGUGUUUGAACGAAGCACAUGAUGUGGACGAGGAGAGCCUAGGCCAAGGUCUGCUGUCCGUUGACGGUGAUGAUUUCUUUGACCCAGAUCAGUUUUCUAAAGAACAGAACUGGAAGACGUUGGCAAUGCCUUUUAUUGCUGUUGCUACCCCUGAUAUCAAUCCCCAACACGGGAACUCCAAUCGGAAAACGAAUGGAUCAGAAAAGCAGCAGCACCGCUUUAUUCUUAUGAUGGAUGUUGGGGGCGACAUCGCCAAGUCUAUGCUCUUCGGUAUUAUGAGCCGAAAGCCAGAUUAUGUGUGUCUGUGUGUGGCAGCCAAUGAGCCCACGCACUGCUUAGGAUUGUACGCCCAGACGUGUGCCGCGAUGGGGACUCCUUUCCUACUCGUUGUUACGAAGUGUGAUGUCGUCGAUGAGUUUGAGCUGUACACGUACUGUAUGGAUCUGAGCGCCACUUUGGAGGGCGUGGGGUGCAUGUGUAACCUGAUCUAUAGCAAGGAAGACGCGCUCGAGUAUUGUAUGAAAUGGCUGCCAAUGCAGUCAAGUAACGCCACCGUGGGCUGCGAUCUCACCAAUCUCGAUCCCAUACCCACGCUGCCUCCCCCAAGGGUUCCGUUGUUCCCGGUCUCGAGUGUGACGGGGAGGGGCUUGGGCCUGUUCCGGUACUGCGUUGCGCACCUGCGAAGCGUGCAGCACCCUGUGUCCCAGUCCCCGGCGGCAUCAUCCAUGUCUCAGCCCCUAUUUGAGGUACUUCUAGACCGCGCCUUCCAGGUUCGGAACAUUGGGCCUGUCCUACAGGGUCGUGUUUCGCGGGGAAGGGUGGUAGUGGGGUGCAGCUGCUGUAUUGGGCCGGACACGUCUGGGGCUUUUCACCCGGUCCUUAUCCGGGGCAUUCACAUUGAACGAACCCACGUUAACGAGGCGUAUCCUGGCGAUGAGGCAACUUUUGCCUUGGAUUACCUGCCUGAGCAAGUCGAAAUUUCUCAUAAAGGUAAAGUCCUCGUGGGGAAGCCGGAGAAUGUUUGCAGCACAUUUUUUCUGAGUGUCCAGUUGCUGUCUCAGAGCUUCACUCCAAACCUUCAGCCUAUUUUCUACUCUAGAAACGCGCGACAAGCAGUCAAAAUUAUUUCGUACCGUUCUACGUCGCCCAAUGGGAGGUCAUCCGCCACCAUGGGAUCCAAUGAAGCGGAAUAUCAAGUCGAAUGUGAAUUUAUGUAUCGACCGGAGGUACUUACAGUUGGCUUCCCAUGUGUGCUGCAGUGGAUGCCUAAUGGUAUUGCAGUAGGAAAGGUAUGCUUUCUGCGUUCCCACAAGAUGUACGCAUCCUCCGGUAACUAA